CGCAACUUUUACAUCGAUACUUCUGGGUCAGCUUGGUUCCAGGAAUUGUCACCUCAGUCAUGCUUUUAUGAGAGGCACGUUUCGGGUAUCCUAGGCGAGAAUCGAACUCCAUCCAGUUCCACUGCACUCCUCGAUGCUCGCUUUUGUUUCAACUGCGGCUCGCCUGAUCACAUCGUUGGGUCCUGUCCUGAACAACAUAAUCGCCCCCUCAUCGCGCUGUCGCGGACAACUCUUCAAUUUUUUGCGUUCUGACUCGGACGGGGAAACGAGGGAACCGGGCAGGUUUCAUGUUGUUGAAGCUUGGAAGAAACAACGGCUUGAAUGGUUGGAGUUUUUUCAGCCCGGAAAGGUUGUUGGUCCCACCUUGCGCGAAGCUUUGGGCUUGCAGCAUGAAGACUCAGGUCGUCAGUGUGCAUGGCUAUAUAACAUGUCAUGUUGGGGCUAUCCUGCAGGAUGGAUAAGUGAUACCGAUCCAAGGGAUGCCGUUCGCCAAAGAAUUUUGGGAGACUUCCACACUCUAACACACGACCAUCCACUUGAGGAUGUCGAUGACUCUUUCCUCAUAAUUAGUGAUGAAGAGGACCGCAAAGUAAUCGACCUAAGUCUUGCAACAUCUUUCUAUCCUAAAUCAGGCGGGGACGAAACACCAGUUGUCGAUGAUACUUCGUCUGCCAAUUCUGAUUUGGAGCCUCGCUCAUCGACAGCCCGUAGGUGGGCAACAUACCCUAACGAUUAUUUCUCCUCAAACCACCUCACUGUCUAUAAUGGAAUGAUAUUCAUGCCAUCGGACCUCGCUACUUCUCGUCCCAGUAUUACCUUUACUGCAGAAAGAAGAGCUCUUUGGGAGCAAAUCAUAUCCGGAACUCAAUCUGCCAAAGCACUUGUUCCCCCUUGGAGAUUACCUGAGGCAUUUUCUUCGCUACAAUCGCACAUCGAGUAUCAACCACCUCCACCCCCAUCCACCCCCCCUCCACUGCCACCUUCUCCACCUCCAUUCCCGCCGCCGCCUGCACACCCUCAAUCUUGUGCACUUGUCACUGUCGCAGACGAUGACUCAAAUGACGGCGGACAUGGACAUGGAUCUUUCAGACGAUGAUUAACGCGCUUCACCACUAUGCUAGCAUGCUCUCGUACUUCACAAAUCAUAGGGGUAUCAUAUGAGUCAGUAAACUCCGCGAUGUUGCCCGUACUCGAGUUU